AUGUUCUCAAGCUCGAACGACCCUGAGUUCCAAACCCCCGGUGCGCUACCCGUCGAUAGCUGUGGUUAUCCCGUCAACGUCCUGGAAACAAGGAGCCACCAGGACAAGCACAAGGGCCGCUACGGCAGUCGAGGCACCGGCAACCACCAAGACGGGAACACCACCUAUAACACAGCACAGCCGUGUCAAAAGAGGAAGAAAAGGAGAUCUUCAAUCAGGCCACUUUCCGACCCUUCGGAAUCUUUCGUUCCUAUUUCAUCUCAUUGCUCUGGUGCUAUCCAGGGUGUACGUGGGAGUGCUAUCCUCACCGUCGAAUCUAAUACUGGUUUGAAACCGGCAUAUUUCUUUACUUUCGUACCCGACCCUGGCCCGAUGCUGUCUCGACCCAACACGGCGGUUAUUUCAGGGAAACCAAGACGGUACACGUCGGACGAGAAUGCGCUGCUGGUGCGGCUGAAGGAAAAAGAGGCAAUGUCAUGGCCUGAGAUUACGACUCACUUCCCAGGCCGAAAUAUGUCGUCCCUUCAAGUCCAUUAUUCAACCAAAUUGCGCCGCAAGGCCAGCUCUCAGUCUAGAAAAACGAGGAGACGCGAAUGA